AUGAUGAAGGUUCCUGGGAUCCUUAUGAGAUUGCAUUCUUCAAAAAUCUUAAAUAACAAUUACUUCAAAGUUAUAUCCGGUGCUGUGGUAGGGUCUACUGUUAUUUAUGUUAAUCAAAGCUAAAAAUCUAAGAAAAAUGAAGGACAAUAAAAUUAUUAGAAUGAUAACUCUGAUCCUCUUGAAAAAAAUUAUUCUAACCAUCUUUUGCCUAGAACUAAUGAAAAUUCUAACACUCCUUUUACUAACACUAAUGAAAAUAGCCCUAAUAAAAAUAGCACCAUUGAAAAUAGCACUAGUAAAAAUAGCACUAAUAACAAUAGCACUAAUGAAAAUAGCGCUAACAAAAAUAAAACUAGUAACAAUAGCACUAAUGAAAAUAACACUAAUGGAAAUAGCCCUAAUAAAAAUAGCACUAAUAAAAAUAGCACUAAUGAAAAUAGCACUAAUAACAAUAGCACUAUUGAAAAUAGCACUAAUAAAAAUAGCACUAAUGAAAAUAGCACUAAUGGAAAUAGCCCUAAUAAAAAUAGCACUAAUGAAAAUAGCACUAAUGGAAAUAGCACUAAUAACAAUAGCACUAAUAACAAUAGCACUAAUAAAAAUAGCACUAAUGAAAAUAGCACUAGUAACAAUAGCACUAAUGAAAAUAGCCCUGAUCAAAAUAGCACUAAUAAAAAUAGCACUAUUGAAAAUAGCACUAAUGGAAAUAGCACUAAUAACAAUAGCCCUAAUAAAAAUAACACUAAUGAAAAUAGCGCUAACAAAAAUAGCACUAGUAAAAAUAGCAUUAAUGAAAAAAGCACUAUUGAAAAUAGCCCUAAUCAAAAUAGCACUAAUAAAAAUAGCAUUAAUGAAAAUAGCAUUAAUAAAAAUAGUACUAAUAAAAAUAGCACUAAUGAAAAUAGAACUAUUGAAAAUAAGACGAAUAGCAAUAGCGCUAAUAAAAAUAGCACUAAUGAAAAUAGCACUAAUAAAAGUAGCAUUAAUAAAUAUAGUACUAAUAAAAAUAGCAUUAAUGAAAAUAAUACUAAUAAAUAUAGUACUAAUGAAAAUAGAAUUAAUGAAAAUAGCAUUAAUAAAAAUAGCACUAAUGAAAAUACUAAUUUUAAGAAUGAACCUUUUUUGAUUAGCCCUCCUUAAAAGAUAGAUGCAUAUAGAUAUAUUUACUAUUCCUAAUCUAUUUCAUCAUAUUAUUUAAAAGAUAGGGUUUUAUCUUAAAUGCUCUCUUAUCCUUAUAAAAAUAAUCUUUAGAAUUUUAUUACUUGGAGUACUUUUUUUGAAGAAUUCAAUCUUCAUUUUUAAGAAGAUGCUCCUUAGCCUAGUAUUCCUGAGACAAAUGAUUGUUGGAUGAGAGAUAUGAGAAUACUCAAGCUCCUACUAGUAUAAAAUACUAUAUUUUUUUCUUAAGUUAGGUCAAAUUCUCCAAAUUAUCCUCCUAGUCCUUAAUAUUAAUUAAUGGUUGAUUAAUGUGAUACAAUUAAACUUUUACAAAUAAAUUCUCAAAAAUAACAUGCAAGUUUAGCUAAGGAGGAUUCAUAAUAUCAUAAAUUGUAACCAAAAUAACUACAAUAACUCCCAAAGCCCUCAUAACCAACUUAAAAUACAUUAAUGGUUGAUAUAUGUGAUGCAAUUGAAAAUUUACAGGAAUAUCCUCUUGUUAGAUUGGCUAAGGAGGAUUCGUAAUAUCAUAUAUCGUAACCAUCUUAACCACCUUAACCACCUUAACCCCCUUAACCACCAUAACCACCAUUACCAGAAUAACCACCAUUACCAAUAGAAAUAGAAUUAAUAAAUUAUCUUCUUGAUAAUUCAUCGAGGAAAAGGAAUGUUGAUGAAAAUUAUAAAUAAUAUUUAAUAGAAACAUUAGACAAAAGGGAAUUUUAGAAUUAUUAUAGAUUGAAAUAAUUAUAAAUAAAAAACAAUCUAUUGAGAUAUUGCACAAAAAUGAUACAUGUAAGAGGUGAUGGAAAUUGUUUUUAUACUUCUUUUGGAUAUUAGCUAUUAAGGUUAGUGAUUUAUUAAUAUUCUGAUUAAGAAUUUGAAGUAUUUCUCAAUCAAAAUUUCACAAUACCAUUCAAGAUAUAACUGAAAAAUGAAAUAAUAGGAAAUGAAGAGCGAGGAUAGAUUUUGUUAAUGCAUUAUAAAGAAAGAAUAAGAUAUAUAAGAAAUCUUGAACACAAUUAUCAACAUAAUGAUAAUUAUUCAAUAGAAUUGAUGAGACAUUUUAGAGCACAUGAAUAAUAAGGUGAUGUAGAUGGUUAUUUUUAACCAUUGACCGUACUAUUUUUAAGAAAUUUAUGCAUGUAUCUUGUCGAAAACUGUGAAGAAGGAUAAAAUGUUUUUGAUAAGGAGUAAUUAUUAAAAUGGGAGGAGGAAUGUAAUAGUAAUGAAUAGGUGAUUGCAAUAUUAGCAAAACAUUUUUAAAUGUACUAAAUUAACUUUAUUUUAGACAUGUACAAUUGUUGUAUUUUGAAAAUGAAGAUUUUAAGCCAUUUUAAUAUUCAAAAGAGUAUGAAAAUAGGACAAUCACCUUGCUUAUUUAACCGGGACAUUACAAUAUUGGUCUUAAAAAUUGA